AAAGGAACCAAAACAAAUCAGUUAGUUUAUACUAGCUUGUCGCAGAUAAACAAAAUUGUACAUUAUUACCAUAUUUCAACUGCAAAAUGGCCGGCUAUAGCAGCUCAACAACCUUAGUGUUAAGUGAAAUAAAUUAUUAUGAUGAACUGUUUUUACAAAUACGGUCAUCCUAAAGGUUAAACUUCAAUUACUUAAAAAUUGAACGUCCAAGUUGGGAAUCAACAGCCCAGAGGCGCCAGACACAGUUUAUUGAGCAUCGUAAUGGAUUCAAACGAGGAAUUUGUUGUUGUUAACGAAGAAAAUGAUAAUCGUCGUGAUGCUGUGGCCCGCCUCGAUGUUCUGGUUGAUUUAUUUAAGCAGACAAUACGCACUCUCAAUCAAUCGAGUAUCCUGCUGAAGGAUGAAUUACAAACUGCCAUCACUGUAACCCUGCAAAGUAGUACACCAGAUCAUUCAUCGACUGUUGAACACUUAGUAAAGCAGCUAGAUGAUAUUUCGGUAAGCCCCGAGGAAGUGCGAAAGACCUACGUGAGGCAGCUGUGUUCACGACUAGUUGCCGUCAAUGAAGAGAAGCAAGUUGUUAUGACAGAGCUAGUGGAUUUAAAUAAUCAGCUUCGUAAAGCAGAAGCAGAGACUCGCAAAUGGAAGAACAUCAUUGAGCCGAUUUUGAAGAUUGAAACAGAGAUCAAAAAGUUUGACUCAACGCUCUCUUCUAAAGAAGAAUCUGUUUUGGACGAGACUGGAUCACUUCUUAGCGACGACAGUACAGUCGAUGAUGUGUGCAACUUUCUUAAUUCUAUGCAUAACAGAAUUCAGACCUUGCACAUUGAGGCAGCUGCAAUGAAAAAAACCGGUAAAAGCACUUCGGAGACAUACACUCAAGUUUAUUUGGCGAACAAGCUACAAAAUUCCCCUGAUAAACACUGCAUGAACAAAAUGAACUCUAAUGGUAUUCAGGUGGAUAGUCACACAUUAAAGUUUGUUACUUGUUUACCAGAUGAGAUCCCGUUGCCAUCUAUGGUUUCUUCUAAUGUCCCAAACCACGAAACUCCAGCCUAUACUAACCUUACAAAAGAGGCGAUUGAUCAGGCUUCACUAAUGAGAAAUAUUGAUUUGAAGGAACUUGUUCGUGAAGAAGUCUUACGUAUCUUAAGUGAAAGGAAUCAAGAUUUUUCAACACCUAGCACAACAACUUCAGUGGCAUCACUGUCAGAUGAUAAACUCUUAGCUCCAGUAGCUAACACACCACCUACUCAACCAGAAACUUCUGUAACACAUAAUGUUCCAAGUGCACCAAGUAUUUUAAAUCUUUGGCCACAUCUUUCUUUUAAUGGUGUCUCAAGUAAACAUGUACCCCCUCCAUUGACAGCUGGUGAAGAAGUUACAGAAAUUUCCAACAUCAAUGAAUUUAAUUCAACUCCAUCUGCUCCUGACAACAGUUCAGAGCAAUUGACGGAGAAUCAAGACAAUCGUUCCAAUUAUGGGUCAUGGUUAACCGAACUGGGUCUCAAUCCUUGUGAGCAGUCGUUCAACAAACCUAUGGAGAGGCCAUCUGUUCCAAGUUAUUCAGUUGAUGAGGAACAACCGUGGUGUCCUGGAUGUCAUCAAAUGUUUGCAUCCCGAGCUGAUCUAGAAGAACACCUCAUUGAUUGUUUAUUGUGAAUUGGUUCAUCCUUUUACUUCGUAUUAUAACGGUUCUGUUUGCUGAUAAGUGCUCCAGGAUUUGUUUGUUCGUGUGCUCUUUAGUAUUUCCUUUGUCAUUCCAUGCAAUGAUAACUAUAUCGACUGGAGAUCGUAACCCAUUUACCAUUCUCAAGAUUCAAUCAGAUUAUACUUUGAUCUCUAUGUCCAAGAUGUCCACCCUUUAUCAUAACUGUUCUCACGUAAUUAUGAACUAACAAUUAUUAUAAUUAUCAUCAUCAUAAACAUUUACCAUAUAUACCAUUGUUUUCAUUUCGUUCAGUAAUUGUUAUUACUUCGUAAUAACUUUUAAAAUUUAAAUACUUAAUAAUUUAAUAUAUAGAGUAAACAUUUAUUUGAUCAUACUCGUUAUUUAUACAAUACACAUCAUUUGCUACAAAUUAUUAAUCUUUAUUGCUGUAGUAAUUAUUGUUUUAUAUAGGUAGACGUGAAAUGAAUAUGAUUCUAUCGUAACUGUGAAUAAAUAUAACUUCGAAUUUCC